AUGGCAGUCUUGAACGCCUCAACAGAACGCGCGCCACUACUUCGGCGUUCGACGUCGCCAAGCUUGUCGGACAGAGAUAGUAAAGAUGGUGAAGCAGCCAUCUCGACGUUGAGAGGGUCACUUGUUGUCGGAUCUGUCGGUCUUUUGAUCUUUCUGCAAGCCACAAACAUCUCCAUCCUUACCACAACCCAGUCAUCUAUCGCUGCAGACUUAGAUGCCUUCGAAACCGCUAGCUGGUUUACUUCUUCGUAUCUCAUCGCCAUGUCCUCUCUCGCUCCCUUGAUGGGACGACUAUGUCAGGUCUUUAGUCCGCGUCUAUGCAUGUUCUUUUCCACCAUGUUGAUCUGCAUUGGAUCGGUCAUAACGUCCACCUCCGUAUCUUUCGAGCACUUCAUUCUUGGUCGCGUGGUGACUGGAGCUGGUGGUGGUGGCAUCUUCAUUGUUGCUAGUAUCAUGGCAAUUCAGAUGACUAGCCCGAAACGGAGAGGUCUCUACAUGGGUCUUGCCAACACUGCAAUGACGGUCGGUGUCUCGCUAGGAGCGGUGAUAGCGGGUGCGCUUGAACCUAGGAUCGGAUGGAAACCACUUUUUGGUAUACAAGCACCAAUAAGCUUAGUGGCCGGCUUGGGUCUGCUGUUCUCUAUUCCAGCUAGCCAUACAUCAAAGAACAUCAAGUACGAAAGCCUCUCGAUUCGUGAGAAGCUCGCCCGCAUCGACUACUCUGGAGCGCUCCUCCUGACCACCACCAUUGUACUCUUUCUUCUCGGCUUGUCCGGUCCAAAGGUCCUCCCAACACCCAUCAUUCUAUCGGCCCUCGCUCUGCCAGUCUUCGUUCUCAACGAGGCCUACGUCGCUGGCGACCCUGUCAUUCCAGUCUCUGUGCUGCGGUCGCGCGGUACCCUAUUGACCUGCCUCGCCACGACUGGUUUCAUGAUGGCUCGUUGGAGUAUCCUUUUCUACACGCCCGUGUAUGCGCUUGCCAUUCGAGGCUGGGCGCCCGCCGUUGCUGGCUCGAUUCUCAUCCCUACGAAUGCCGGCUUCGCAACUGGCGGUCUUCUUGCUGGCAUCUUUCACAUCAAACGCACAGGCAGCUUCUACCUCCAUACUGUUGUAGCCAUGGCACUUUUCCCAAUCACGAUGGCUGUGCUCGCCCUCAUCUCCACGCCCACAAGUCCAUGGGCUCUUUACGUUGCCAUGGUGUUCCUCAACGGCCUUGUCACUGGUGCUGCAACAAACUACGCAUUAGUCCAUCUCCUACAUCUUACGCUACCAGAGGUCCAUCCGAUUGUCAUCUCCCUCCUUGCUACCUUCCGCGGCUUUUCUGGCUCUUUUGGCUCAGCGAUUGGUGGUGGCUACUUCGUCCGUGUGCUGCACAAGUCUCUGGACAGGGGCUUUGCGAAAGCAGGGUUGAAAGGCCGCGGUGAGCUUAUUAGGAGAUUGCUGGGAAGUCCUGCACUUGUGGGAAAACUGGAAGGUAAGGAUAGGAUCGUUGCCGUUGGGGCAUAUGCGGAUGCACUCAAGGCGUUAUUUCUCUGCGCCGUAGGGCUUUCGGUUAUUGUUGUUCUUGUACAGGCCGGUACAGGUUGGAAAGAACCGAUAAAGAGUGAGAGUCAGAGGGAGGAAGAAGAGGCUGACGCCGAAGAUGGGGUGCCUGCAGGUGCUUGA